CGGGGAGCGGACGUGACAGCGGCGCGGCCGGCGGCGGAGCGCGAUGGGGGUCCCGCGGGGACAGGAGCGCCAGGCCCCGCAGGAGGUGGAAACAAGAGAAGAUGAGGAACAAAACAUCAAGUUGACUGAAAUCUUGGAACUGUUGGUGGCUGCUGGGUAUUUUCGAGCAAGAAUCAAGGGGUUAUCACCCUUUGACAAGGUGGUGGGAGGCAUGACCUGGUGUAUCACUACCUGCAGCUUUGAUAUCGACGUGGAUCUGUUAUUUCAGGAAAACUCUACUAUUGGUCAAAAAAUUGCCUUAACUGAAAAAAUCGUGUCAGUAUUACCAAAAAUGAAGUGUCCACAUCGUUUGGAACCACAUCAGAUCCAGGGACUGGAUUUCAUUCAUAUAUUUCCUGUUGUACAGUGGCUGGUGAAACGUGCAAUAGAAACAAGGGAAGAAAUGGGAGAUUAUGUCCGUUCUUACUCUAUAUCACAGUUUCAGAAAACUCACAGGCUGCCAGAGGAUGAUGAAUUCAUGCAAAGAAAAGAGAAGGCACUCAAAACAGUUACUGAUAUCUUUGAGGUUUACAAACCCCAGAGAAAAUACAAACGUCAGACAGGAGCUGAGGAGCUGCUGGAUGAGGAAUCAAAGGUUCAUGCCACACUUCUGGAAUAUGGCAGGAGAUAUGGAUUUAGCAGGCAAGCAGGAAAAACAGAACAGGCUGAAGAUAAAAAAGCAGUGCUACCUCCAGGGCUUGCAGCAGCAGGGAAGGCUGAGCCUUCUGAUGAAGAUGACCUUCAGGCUGCUGAGGAGCUUCGCAUUAAAACUCUGAUGACUGGCAUGGCUGCAAUGGCAACAGAAGAGGGCAAACUGACAGCAAGCACAGUUGGCCAGAUUGUUGGACUCCAGUCAGAUGAGAUCAAACAAAUUGUGUCUGAAUAUGCUGAGAAGCAAUCUGAGCUUUCUGCUGAGGAGAGACCAGAAAGGCUUGGAGCUGCCCAGCAGCACAGAAGGAAGGUGGCAUCUCUCAACAAGCAGAUCUUGCAGAAAACCAAACUCCUCGAAGAGUUGCAAGCUAAAUAUGCUGAUCUGCAGGAAAAAUGUACCAAAGCAAAAGAGACGUUAACAGAGGUUAAGAGUUACAGUGAAAAGCUGGACAAGGAAUUGGCAGCCUUAGAAACAAUAGAAUCCCAAGCAGAUUCUAGCAUAUUACAGAGUCUGAGAGCACUGGUGGCCAUGAAUGAAAACCUGAAGAGCCAGGAGCAAGAGUUCAAAGCACAUUGUAGGGAAGAAAUGGAGAGACUACAACAAGAUAUUGAGACUCUGAAAGCCGAAGCAGCGGAAGAUGGGGAGGAACAGGAGCCAAGUAAGAUUAUAGAACAGCAGUACAAAGCUGAGAAAGAGAAACUUCAAAAGAUCCGCCUGCUACUGGCACGAAGAAACAGAGAAAUAGCCAUUUUACAGCGCAAGAUUGAUGAAGUUCCCAGCCGAGCUGAGCUCACACAGUAUCAGAAGAGAUUUAUUGAACUUUACAGUCAGGUCUCAGCAACUCACAAAGAAACCAAGCAGUUUUUUACUCUAUAUAAUACACUGGAUGAUAAGAAAGUAUAUUUGGAAAAGGAGGUGAACUUACUGAAUUCUAUCCAUGACAACUUCCACCAAGCCAUGGCGUCGUCCGGAUCUCGGGAGCAGUUUUUGCGGCAGAUGGAGCAGAUUGUGGAAGGCAUCAAACAGAAUCGAAUGAAGAUGGAAAAGAAAAAGCAAGAAAACAAAAUGAGAAGAGACCAAUUGAAUGAUGAAUACUUAGAGCUUCUAGAGAAACAGAGGCUUUACUUCAAAACAGUGAAAGAAUUUAAAGAGGAAUGCCGUAAGAAUGAGAUGCUGCUGUCCAAGCUGAAAGCCAGUUCUUCCUGAAGAGCUCCAGCUGGGGAAAUUUAGAGAAGAUUGUUCAGUCCAUUGAAUCUCUUUUGGGAGGUGACAGUUAUAACUGCAAUGUAGAUGUAUAUAUAUAGAUAUAUAUAAAAAAUAUAUAUACACACAGCUGUAAAAGUCUGGUUUUUCCAGUAUGUGUUCAGUUUACAUUCCCUCAUCACAUGGCUGUAUUAUUCAUUAUUGCCUCCACUACACAGUAAAGACUUAACACAGUACAGCAAAAUAGAAAUGUCUAAUUUUAUUUAUUUGGGUUUGGGGUUCUUUUUUUCCUACAGUAAGGACAGUGGGAGUUUUUUUUUAAUUUGGAUUUUAACACUGAAUUAAGUGAAAAUUCUGGAAUAAGUUUACAUGUACUGUGUAAUAUGUCCACCACCCCAUAGGAUGAGCACUGCAGAAUGCAGUACUUUGUUAAUUUUGGCCCAAAAAACCCCUUCAAACUCACUUUUCCAGCUAAUGACUUCACAUUAUUUUAGUUUAUGCUCUAGCCAUAUAUAUAGGAUUCCAGAGGAUAACAAUUAAUUUCUAAUGGCUAAGAAAAUGAAAACUUACCUUGGAU